AUGGUGAGUAGUAAGAACACUGCUGACUUUGAAGGUAUCACUUCACUGAACGGUGCAAUUAGUAUCAACUUAGGUUUUGGUCCAUUAAGGGCUGAAAAACGAGAAAACUUAAAAGAUGACCUUCGAGGAAAAAACGUUCUGCUGCAGCGUCACGGUGGCUGUCGUCUUGAUGUGCUCAGCCGAAUUAGCGACUAUAAUUAUCGCAUAUCUCACCAAUUUAUUUCCUUUUUCAAGCUGCAUGACAGCAUAAAUCUUGCAUGGAAUUGUGAAAAGAUUAUAGAAAGAGAAUUCUGUAAAAAGGAAACCCGUAAGGGCAGCCAUCUAAGAACAAAUGUAGAGCAUCCGCUGAUGCGAUGUCAGUCCUACAAUGUGUCCGUCUUUAAUCUCGGUGAACGACAUUCUGUAAUUGCACAGCGACGAAUAUGUACCAAUAACGGAGCCCUGCUAGCUUGGAUAAUAAUUCAUCUUUUCAUCGACCUAGUCGCUUUGAUCGCAAUACAAACUACACGAUAUCGAGCACUUCUACCGUACAUUUUCACUGCAGUGAUAGAUUUGCUGAUGUCCUCAGCAUAUUUGGUGGUGCUUUUCGUUCACAUGAUUCGAGGGGAGCAGAUUGAUAAUGUGCUGGUGAUUUUCAUCAUUUUUGUGGUGCUAUUCAAGAGCUACAGUCUAUACUGUUCAAGACGACUUUACUGGAUCCUACAAUCAGUGUUUGAUCGUCGUUACAGUACUCGUACCGUAGUCAUCAAAGAUGAUUCGUCAUUUCAGUUUUAG